AUGGAGAAUAUUGGCGAGUCCUUUGAUGCAGUAUUUAGUGAUAGGGUCAGGAGGUUCCAGGAAUUUUUGGAUUCACACUCAAGCUACACCGAUACUAUAAGGUCAAUCCUUAUUCACAACAAUUACGACCAAGAUACUAAUCCACAAGGCUCAUAUGAUGAUGCUUUAUGGAAUGAAAAGAAAGCUACUCUUAAAUCCUCUGCUGGAAAGCAUCCUCGAAGAAUUACGAUAUCGCUAGAUGACUUACGAGAAUUUGACCGUAUUUAUUGGAGUGGCAUUUUGAUGCAGCCUGCAUACUAUUUACCACCUGCUGAACAGGCAGUUGCUGAUACCGCGAUGGCAUUAGAUGAUUCUGCUGUGAACCGUGCAGUUGCGAAUUCACCUUCAUCCAAGUGGAAACUAUCGUUUAAGGGAUCCUUUGGCUCUCACGCGUUGUCCCCAAGGACGCUUAAUUCGUUGCAGUUGAAUAAAUUGGUCUCUGUUGAAGGGAUUGUGACAAGAACUUCAUUAGUCAGACCUAAAUUGAUAAGAUCUGUUCAUCUUUCAGAGAAUACUGGAAAUCAUUAUUAUAGAGAUUAUAGGGAUGCUACCACUACGCUUGUAACCGAGAUUCCUACUCCUGCUGUGUAUCCGGAGGCUGAUCCUGAGGGUAACAAGUUACUUACUGAGUAUGGAUAUUGCUGUUAUAUGGACCAUCAGCGUAUAACUGUUCAGGAAAUGCCUGAAAAAGCUCCACCUGGCCAAUUACCGCGAUCAAUAGAUGUGAUUUUGGAUGACGAUCUAGUUGAUAAGACAAAGCCAGGCGAUAGAGUGAACAUUGUUGGCGUUUUUAAAUCAAUUGGAUCCGGUGGUAUGUCUGGUGGCUCCUCCUCCGACCAGGGCAACAAUGGCCUCUCUGGUUUCAGAACGCUCAUUAUCGGAAACACCGUUUACCCAUUGCAUGCACGUUCAACUGGUGUUUCUGCUACACAACAUCUUUCCGACAAUGAUAUCCGUAACAUUAAUAAAUUAUCAAAGAGGGAGGAUGUAUUUGAUUUGUUAUCCCAGUCUCUUGCACCAUCGAUCUAUGGUCAUGAACAUAUCAAGAGAGCAGUCUUAUUAAUGCUAAUGGGUGGAGUUGAAAAGAAUUUAGAAAAUGGGUCGCAUUUAAGAGGUGAUAUUAAUAUUUUAAUGGUUGGUGAUCCUUCCACUGCGAAGUCACAAAUGCUUCGCUUUGUUUUAAAUACUGCCUCUUUGGCGAUUGCUACUACUGGUAGGGGUUCCUCUGGUGUCGGUUUAACCGCUGCUGUUACUACGGAUAGAGAAACUGGUGAGCGAAGGUUAGAAGCUGGUGCAAUGGUUUUAGCAGACCGUGGUAUUGUUUGUAUUGAUGAAUUCGACAAAAUGUCUGAUAUUGAUAGAGUGGCAAUCCAUGAAGUCAUGGAACAACAGACAGUGACUAUUGCAAAAGCAGGUAUCCACACUACCCUUAACGCACGUUGCUCUGUCAUUGCUGCAGCAAACCCAGUAUUUGCGCAGUAUGAUGUUAACAAAGACCCGCGUAAAAACAUUGCGUUACCAGACUCCUUGUUGUCCCGUUUUGACUUGUUAUUCGUUGUGAUAGAUGACAUAAAUGACAUAAAGGAUCGUUCUAUCAGUGAACAUCUACUAAGAGCUCACAGAUAUCUACCACCUGGUUAUAUGGAAGGUGAACCAAUUCGGGAGCAAAUGGAUCUAUCACUGUCGGUGGGGGAGGACGAUACCUUAGUAGAUGAAGAAGACAACCAAGAAGAUGAAGACGGUGGUGGGAAAGUAUUUGAGAAAUUCGAUCCCCUUUUACAUGCGGGAGCAAAACUAGCUAAGAACCGAAAUGAUAACAGAGGUUCUGCACUACCGAAGGUUGUCUCCAUUCCAUUCAUGAGAAAAUAUAUCCAGUACGCCAAAGAAAGAAUAGUGCCCGUGCUAACCCAAAGCGCUAUAGACAUAAUUGUAAAAACCUAUUCAGAUUUGAGAAACGACCAGAACACAAAGAAAUCACCUAUAACAGCAAGAACUUUAGAAACCCUAAUUCGUCUAUCGAGUGCUCACGCCAAGGUAAGAUUGUCCAAACUUGUCGAAGCUCGCGACGCUAAAGUUGCUGCCCAACUUCUGCGGUUCGCGCUACUAGGUGAGGACGGUGAAGGCGGCUUAAUGGGCCCAGAGCACAAAUCGCCAUCUAAGUCACCAAGAAAGAAGCAGAGAACUCGAGCGUUCACCGAAAGCGACGAAGAGGAAUCGAACAAUGACGAAAUAAUAGACGUAAUGGAUUCUAAAGGCAGUUCUAUUGUUGCAACUCCCUUGCGCAAGACCAGAUCAACCACGAUGCCGCAUACUAGACGAACAUAUGAAGAAGCGGAUGAGGUUGAUUCUGAUCAAGACGCUGAAAUGCUUCCUAAUUCCAUUGGUUCGCUAACACCUAUGACGCGUUUACCGCCAAACGAAGAAGCAGAUCUCCAGCACAGAAUGGAAAUUGGUCUUCGAGUAUCUCCCAGGUUAGCCUCCAGGACCCCCAAUAAUGCACAAAGAGAUCCUUCACAACAGUUAUCUCCAAAUCCACAAACAUCUAUCCAUCAAAGACUACAACAAGUCGCCGCAUCUACGGAUGGCGCUUCUUCAACAGAAAAUACAGACACUAUAAUAAGUUCACAAGGUUCAAUUUCAGAUAUCAGAUUGUCACUAAUAUCUGGAAUUAUAGCACGUUUGAUGCAAACGGACCUCUUUGAUGAAGAGCAUUAUCCUAUUGAAGACCUUCUUCACAGAGUUAAUGACGAGCUUCCAGAUGACCAGAAGUUUUCUUCCGAAGAAUACCUCGCGGGACUACAAAUUAUGAGUGACAGGAAUAACCUAAUGGUGGCUGAAGAUAAAGUUUGGAGAGUCUGA